AUGAGCAGUACGAUGAGCACCGCAAAUACAUCAAUACCCAUCACUAAGAUGGUUAAUGAUCUAUUCUUACAAUGGCUUUCAUUACCAGACACACGCACUACUCUUUCUGCUGCUUUACAUAGUGUUCGAACGAAUAGUAAAAUGCCCGAGCCUAUUGCUUAUUCGAAGAUUCAGACAACGCGCGGAGGAGGAUUUUCAAAAUCUCAGCAUUUCGAUUCACCGCCCGUUUCACCCGUGCCACGAACCCCUUCGAGUCCUCGUUUUACGUCCUCCAAUAAUUAUUCCAUUGUUGAAAAUACAUCUGGUAUAAAUAAUAAUAAUAACGAUGACAAAAAGUUGCGUACACCGAAAAAAACAUUCGCAGAGAAUACCACUCCAACAAAUAUUGAUCAACAACCAGUCAUAAUCGAAAAAGUUUCAACUCCGUCAUCAGCUAAGCCCGAAGUUAUCGCCUCAACACCGAUCAUAUCAGCUAGUAUCAAUUCAAAUCGUUCGACAACCUCCACUACGAACACAACUCCAGCAAGGCCAUCGCAACAAACUCCUGUUCUACAACCACCUUCAACUGCUGUUCGUGAACAAUCUCCCCGAACACCAAAUACAACUGUUCUUUCUCCAAAUGACCGACAGGAUAAUAACAAAUCCUCACCCGUUGUCAACGCAGCAAAAACUCCCGUUUUAUCAUCAAAUGAAAAACCUACUCGACCCAUGCCAUCAACAACAGUUACUCCACAACCAACUCCCAUCAAUGUUCGAAUAGAGUCCAAACCUAAACCAGUCGAACCCAUUCCGAAAUUUUACUUUCCUAAUGGAAAGGUAACCACUACAUCAACCAAUGAAACUGUCCUAAUGAAACAUCUCCGACAAGCCAAAGACGAACUAUUUACCCCCAAACACGAUAAACUACAUCUAGAAGAUUUUGGAAAACUUGCUCAAAUAAUCGGACUGAGUUUAUAUUGGAAAGCACCUCUAUUUCGUUCGUGUGUAUACGAAAAUCUGGGUGCCAAAGCUAGUAUAACAGCAACCACAACUAUAAACUACAUUCAAUUCGAAUCAUUUUGGACUAAACUUUGUAAAGCAAACCAUGACCAUGCUUUGAAAUUUAUCUAUCUACUCAUACAUUCAUCAUCGCCAGCAGCUUCAACGUUACCCAUGAAUCGACAUUAUCUAACAACGGACGAUUGGGAUUAUCUAGUACAGGAUAUAAUCGAUACACAUCCGGGUUUGAAAUUUCUUCGCGAAGCCAAAGAAUUUCAUUCCAGAUACAUCAAAACCGUUGUUGCGCGAGCUUAUUACAACUGCAAUCGCUCGUGGAGUGGAAAACUAACUGUACAAGAAAUAAGACGAUCGAAUUUCAUUCAGACAUUCGAUCGGCUUGAGCAAGAAGAUGAUAUUAAUCGUAUACAUGAUUACUUCUCUUAUGAACAUUUCUAUGUUAUUUAUUGUAAAUUCUGGGAAUUAGAUUCUGAUCAUGAUCUCUUUAUUAGUCGAGAUGAUUUAGCUAAACAUUGUAAUGGAGCAAUUUCGAACAAAAUGAUCGACCGAAUAUUCUCUGGUGCUGUUUCCAAUACUCCAAAUAUGAAAGAAGGAAAAAUGUCUUAUUAUGAAUUCGUAUGGUUUCUAAUAUCAGAAGAAGACAAACGUUCACCAACAAGUAUUGAAUAUUGGUUUCGUUGUAUGGAUAUUGAUGGCGAUGGUAUUCUUUCUAUGUAUGAAUUAGAUUAUUUCUAUCAAGAACAAGUACAUAAAAUGGAAAUCUAUGGCAUUGAAUAUAUGCCAUUUGAGGAUUGCAUAUGUCAAAUGUUGGAUUUGGUUAAACCCGAAGAGCAAAAUAAAAUACGAUUAAAAGAUUUAAAACGAUGCAAAUUAACCAAUGUAUUCUUCGAUACAUUCUUUAAUUUGGAUAAAUACUUGAAUAAUGAACAGAAAGAUCCAUUUUCAAAUUUGAAAGAUCCCGAAGCACCUGAUCUAUCCGAUUGGGUCAAAUUCGCUGAAGCUGAAUAUGACAAUCUAACGCACGAAGAUGGUGGUAAUGACAAUCUCGAUGAUGGAAAUUAUGAUGAAGAUUUUGAAGAUGAAGAUAACGAAGUUGAAGCAGUGACCAAUCGAAAACUAGGGAAUAAUGCUAUUUCAUCACCGCAACGACAUCCUUCAGAGCUAAAUAGCAAAAUCGAUGAUUUAGAAGACGAACUCAAACGUUGGAAAGAUUGA